AUGGCGUCGAAGAAGACAGCUGGUGGAGAUGAUGGCAACUCAAAUCAGCUCGAGAAAGUACAAGCGAGAAGAAGAUGGUCAAACGCAGAAGAUGGGGCGCUGGUGACCGCGUGGUUAAACACCAGCAAAGAUGGCGUCAUUGCAAAUGAACAGAAAGCUCAAGCGUUUUGGAAACGGGUUUGCAACUACUAUCAUGGGUGUACUGCGGUGAAGGACUUCCCUCCUCGCCUGUGGAAUACUUGCAAGCAGAGAUGGACGAAAAUAAACAAAGAAGUGCAGUUGUUUUGCGGAUGCUUUGACCAGGCGAGCCGUCAAGCUACAAGCGGCCAAUCCGAUGAUGAUAUCUUCCAGAUGGCUUACAAGUUCUAUUACCAGGAUCAUAAGACCAACUUCAUCUUAGACCAUGCGUGGAGAGCUCUUAGAAACGAUCAGAAGUGGCGUUCUCUUAAUAGAGAUAAAGGCAAAACGCAGAGCAAAAAGAGCACAGCCACAUGA